AUGAUAGCUUCGAGGAAGCGCAAAGAGCUGUCCGCCGACGACUGCGACAAAGACAACUCGCGCAACUGGAACGCUAAAAAACAAGCCCCAUCAUUCCCCGCUCUACCUUUCCAGACGUGCACAAUCUACCGCGUCCACUGCGAAGGAUUAGGCGAGCACGAAAACCAUGAGAAUGUGUCAUAUUUCGAAGACCAACCUCGACUGUUUACUGGGGACAGCAAAGCAAGCGCUCUCCGCGGCAGGGAAAGAAUUGCCGAUCUCUCAGACUUCGUCGAAUCCCGUUCGGAAAUCGGUCUUAUCCUGUAUCGGGACUACUCCUGCGAAAGCUAUCAUAAAUUGAUAGAGCCCUAUUUUCGAGCGCUCGAGAAACCAGAUGUUGUCAGCAGGUCCAUGCGACCUUACUUUUAUCGACUGGACGAGGAUGGGAUUGCUGGACACUCUGAUGAAGAAGCAAUGCUUGUUGUGUCGGAAGAAAUCAAAGCUGCGCUUAUGAAACUGACGGGUCUUGACUAUGACACCAUUUCUGAUCUCGAAGACGCGACAGAAAUGCGAGAGUUGGUCACGCAGAUUUAUCACCAUCGUGGCAUUCGCGAGGGUUCUCACUUUGCAGAGAGAUUGGGGGAGCAUCUAGAAUUUGCUAUUGGUUUAGUCAGUUUUAUGCAAGAGACCUUUUCCGACGAAUAUGAAGAGGCCGAUGCUCUCUUCGAUGCGGGAAUGGUGAACGAGUUCCAUCUCCCUAAGCUACUCGGACCCGAUACUGUUCUCGUCACCCAAGAACAGGGUCAUUAUCAUGCUUAUACCUUAGAGAAUUUUCAAGCACUCAAUAAGAGAGUGUUAUGUUGGGCAUGGAAGUUCAACGGUAGAUUCUGGAAAUACCGAAGUACCAUCUAUGUCAAGUGGCCAAGUACGCUGCGCGAGAUUGCCAUAUCCGAGUUAUCGAUUUACCCCAUUAGGUAUGCAACGCCAAAUAUCCAGGACCUUCUCAAACAGAGAGGAUGUCAGUUAUGGUCAGUGCGUCAUGGCAAAUACGUUUCCUAUUCUCCUAACGGGACACCGAGUGGUAUACAGAGUAUACAGCCGCGAUACAUGGUAGAUAUGGCUACUUACCGUGAGCUGCAUGAUGACAAGGAUUCAACCGAUGAUCGGGAGUACCUGUCGGAGGAACUGAUGGAAAGCGAGAAUCCCCCAGGGGGAGAUUUUCUUCUGCUCCUACCUGCGAGCGUCCAUGGCUUUGGAUUCCAGGACAAAAAGUGGAGACUUCUAUCUGUUUCCCAAAUCAGACCCAUCAAAUGGAAUGAACAAGCAUUCGAGCACUUAGUGCUUAAUAUGACGAAGAAAAAGCUGAUACGUGCUCUUGUCAAGAAGCAUGAUUCUACAAAUGAAUCAAAAGACGUCAUUGAGGGGAAAGGAAACGGCCUGAUAUUUCUCUUACAUGGUGGCCCUGGUACUGGAAAGACACUUACGGCAGAGUCUGUGGCAGAGGUUACACAUCGCCCUCUUUAUCGAGUAACCUGCGGAGACGUGGGUACAAAUGCAGAAGAUGUCGAAGAAUACCUUGAGUCUGUACUCCACUUAGGCAAAAUAUGGCGAUGCGUCGUACUUCUCGACGAAGCGGAUGUAUUCCUGGAGGAGCGCACACAUCAGGAUCUGCAGAGAAAUGCACUGGUUUCGGUUUUUCUGCGUGUGAUAGAGUAUUACGAUGGAGUUUUGGUUCUGACAUCGAAUCGAAUUGGAACUUUCGAUGAGGCCUUCAAGUCGCGCGUACAGUUGAUCGUUCAUUAUCCCAGGCUUGGAAAAGAGGAAAGGCGACGUGUUUGGCUCAAAUUUAUUACUAACCUACGUGAUCAUACGGUCAAUGCGAACGUGGACGAACUGAAAGAAUUCACCGGGGAGCUGAGUAACCAUGAACUGAAUGGGCGAGAAAUCAGAAAUGCAGUCCAAACGGCAACUCUUCUAGCUGAAGACGAAGAGGAGCAGCUCCAAUAUGAACAUUUAAAAAAGGUCAUAGCGGUUUCGGAGGAGUUCAAGCAGUAUUUACGAGAUAGAUUUGGCCAUGACGAUGAGGAGCUUGUGCAACAUCGCGGAACUCGAUAA